AUGACCAGUGGGCCGGCUCCCAGAGCAGCGCUUGAUCAGCUGGACCGGCUGAAAGAGGUCCCGGCGGCCCCGGAGCGGCCAAGCCCUCUUCCACGCCUGCAGGUCGCGUUCCUCUGCUGCGUGGAUGCGUCUCACUUCUACACCGUCUGCUCGAUUUUCAGCUAUGCGGCGGUCCUCAGCGCAGAUCUGCACUGGGUGGCCGAUAGAAACGAAGCCGGUUUUGUGGCGGGCUGGCUUCAGUCUGCAAACGUGUUCGGCCGUGUGCUGACGUCUACCGUGUGGGGGUUCGUGGCCAUGCGAUGGGGCUUUCGCCCCAUCCUGGCUCUCACUUUGUUUGCGCUCCUUACUGGGGGAGUGCUGUUUGGUCUGUGCACCAACCUGAUGGGCGCCAUGUGCAUACGCUUCAUCUUUUUCGGCAUGCUGAACGGCUGGCCAGCCAUUUAUGGGCCGAUUGCAGCUUCCGUGGCUGGGGACGAUCGCCAGACGGAUGUCAUCGGCAUGCUCCUGGCCGCGGGGAGCGGCAUGCAGCUCGUGGGCCCGGCAAUUGGAGGCUGGACCUACAACUUCCUUCCGACCCUGCCGGCGCUGAUCCCCAGCUUGAUCGGUUGCAUGAUGGCUCUGGCAUCCCUUGCCUUGUUCUCUCGCGUGCACCACGGCAUCCGGAAGCCCCAGGCAGAGGAGGCCAAGGACGUGGAUCAGAGUCCAGGGACGCCCUCCAAGUCUCCAAGGACAGCAUGGUCGGUCCUUCGAGCUUGGCCCGUCCCCUUGGUGAUCUUCAUGCGGCUUUGGAACGGCUUCGCCCUUUUCGCCAUCUUUGAAGCAGCGCCGCUGUGGCUUGUGUCUGAUCGGGAAUUGGGCGGCCUUGGAAUGUCGGAGAAGCAAGUGGGUUCCCUUCUCUCCCGCUCGGGCCUCUGGAAUCUCUUCUUCUUCUCCUUCGUGCUGCCUUACUUGGCACGAGCAGUUGGUGGCCGAGGGGUUUCGGCCAUCUUCAGCGUGAUCGGGGCCGCGGGCGCCACGCUACUGCCGUCGUCUACCUCGACGGUGGUGGCAAAUGGCUUUCACCUCGUGACCGCUUCCGCGAUGAUGUCCCAGGCUGCGAUGAACAUAACCUUCACAAACAAUGCUGCAGGGCAGGCGGACCGGGCCGUCGUUACGGGCGUUGCGGUCACAGUCGAGACCAUCGGCAAGGCACUCGGACCGAUUCUCACUUCGACGAUGUUUGCCUGGUGCCUUCGCCACUGGGGCUUCGACGGCCACGGAGCCGUCUUCUACGUGCUGGCGGCCUUCUCUGGCAUCCAGCUCGCCUGCACCCUGCUUCUGCCCUCCUUCGUGGAGUCUCCGGAGUUCCUGCGCCGCCGGGGCCACGAGCUGGUCGCCGUGGAAGAGCCUCAGAAGGAGAUUCCAGCCACAGUGCUGGGCGUUGAAGAGGCCACCCCUGUGAUGCUCCGUGCGCACAGCGCCUGA